GUGCAGAGUUCGUGCAGAGCCCGUGCAGAGCGCAGCACGUUGUUCCCGGCGGGAGCGGCGCGCAAGCGGACGGGCCUGGCGGCUGGACGAACACUCCUCGCUGUCCCGCGCGCUCCCCACCGCUCCCCAUGAGCGCAGCCCCGCGCGGCCCGGGUCCGUAGCGGCGGGGAGACCCCUAUGCUGCUGCAGCCCGCGCGGUGUGCCCCGAGUGCGGGCUUCCCGCGGCCCCCGACCGCUCCCGGCGCCAUGCACGGCUCGCAGAAGGACACCACGUUCACCAAGAUCUUCGUGGGCGGCCUGCCCUAUCACACCACCGACGCCUCGCUCAGGAAGUAUUUCGAGGGCUUCGGGGACAUCGAGGAGGCCGUGGUCAUCACCGACCGCCAGACGGGCAAGUCCCGCGGCUACGGCUUCGUGACCAUGGCCGACCGGGCAGCGGCGGAGAGGGCCUGCAAAGACCCCAACCCCAUCAUCGAUGGUCGAAAGGCCAACGUGAACCUAGCCUAUUUGGGCGCCAAGCCACGGAGCCUGCAGACGGGCUUCGCUGUCGGUGUGCAGCAGCUACACCCCACCUUGAUCCAGCGAUCUUAUGGGCUGACUCCCCACUACAUCUACCCGCAAGCCAUCAUGCAGCCCAGCGUGGUGAUCCCGGCCCCCGGCCCCUCGCUGACCUCGCCCUACGUUGAGUAUGCUCCAGCCAGCCCCGCCUAUGCCCAGUACCCGCCAGCUGCCUACGACCAGUACCCGUACGCCGCCUCCCCUGCCGCAGCCACCAGCUUCGUGGGCUACGGCUACCCAGCCGCCCUGCCACAGGCCCUGUCGGCCGCAGCCCCCGUGGGCACCACCUUCCUGCAGUACCAGGCGCCACAGCUGCAGCCCGAUCGGAUGCAGUGAGGUCCGGCCCACUGGGGACCGCCGUGCCACCAGCAUUCGGGCCUCCGGAGGCCCCUGGGCGACACCUCGCACUGUGAGGUCCCUUCUGGGGUGGCCAACGAGAAGCGAGGUGACCGCGGCGGGUGCCCGCCUGCACAUGAGCUGGACACCCUCUUCCAGCCCCUGCCCCGCACAGCGCCGCUGCGGGCAGCCAUCGCCUCGGUCGGAACGCAGACUGGUUUCCCUGUUGUAAUUGUUUUGCUACUAAAGUGAUCUCAGAGUUGGAGUCCAUUUUUUCAGUGGAGCCUGCCGCCACCUAGAACCCUAAGCCUGCUUUGGACUCGGAGAGACUUGUUUUUGCUGAUGGUUCCACCUCGGAGACGACGACAGUAUUCCGUGUCACAGUGUCUGCCAGCCGCUGGCCAGAGCCCUCGGUGGGUGGGUGGGUGUCAUCCGCGGGCCCUGCUGGGUGGCGUCUGCCGCCCUGUGCUGAAGCUGCUCAGCCGCCCAGAGGGACACAGGCCUGCUGCCUUGGGCUGGCGGAGGGGAGGGGACGCUCUGAUGCUGGGAGUGGCUCCGUCGGGGGCUCUCGGGGCUGGGAGGGUCAGGGGCCCCCUCAGACCUACCUCAGGGAGCCGAGCUUGCAGGCGCUCUGGCACGCCUGGUAUAAGUCAAGGCCCAGAAAACAAAGGUAGCUAAUAUAAUACUAUUUUUAUUAGAAUAUUCUGAUUAUAAAAAUAAAACUUGUUUUCUUUG